AUGGCCCAACAUGGACGACAUGAAGCUGCACAAUUGUUCCACGAGACAGCUCUUUCGAGCUUCGAGCCCCAUAAUGUCGAGUCCGAGCCAAUGGGGUGUUCCAUAACCUACGGGCUCAAGGACAACCUCGUAUGCUCCAGCCCCCUCGAGAUGCUUAACAAACUGACAGCCGAAAUUGACAUUUUGGACGACCACGAAAUCGAAGCCACAUUUACCACGGUUGCUGAAGGGCCUAAGGAUUAUUAUACGCCUUUCAUGUCUCCCUUUGCCAGCCCGCCCGCGCACAUCAUGGAGAUCUUCGUUUGCAGAGAAGAAACUACCCUAUAUGAAAAUGUCGCCACCUAUCCCUAUGGUACACGACCACCUCUUACCCUUGAUCGAGACUUGUGCCACAUGCCUAGCCCGGGUCUUACCGAGAUAAUUAAUUAUUGCGAGCCUGCAAUCUCUGAAUCUAAUGUGCAUACGGAACUUCUUUAA